ACUUCCAAUCCAUGUACACUCCUCCACCGCUGUCUGGGGGUUGCCUCGCGAGAUUGCGGGUCGUUCGAGAUGCUAACUUUCCAUCUAUUUCAGCGUUCUGAAACCACCACGAAGUAGCACAGACAUCGUCAUCCACUUCCCUUGUUAUACUUAGGGAGCGGCCAUGUUUGUCAAUACCCCCCACCACCAGUUCGUCAGAACAUUUUACACCAUUCCACACCACGUACUCCAGAGCAUUACCAUCUGGCUGCCCCGGCCCCUCGACUACUCCCCCAUCAAGUCAACAAUAUGGAUCAUCUACGUCCAUGGCGGCGCCUGGCGCGACCCCGAAUGCGACUCCGACCAAUUCAUCCCCACAGUCAAUUACCUGAGCCACGCGUCUAAUCAAGACACAAUGUCUGGCAUCGCCGGCUUCGCCAGCAUAAACUACCGCCUCAGCCCGUACCCUGACCACACGCGCAACGGCUCCGACCCCCAGGACGCGUACCGGAAUGUCCAACACCCCGCCCACCUCCAGGACGUCGUCCAAGCCCUGGAGUACCUAAGCAAACACUUCCUUAUCGAUGCAUACGGCUGGAUCGGCGUCGGCCAUUCCGCCGGCGCGACCCUCCUGACGCAACUGCUCUCCGACGUCGACAUAGCCGCGCUUCCGAAGAACAUUCAGCGCGCGUACUUGGGCCUGCACAGCUUGAUCCUGAUAGCGGGUAUCUACGACCUGCCGCGCUUCGUCCGGAACCACAGCGGCGCGGACUCGUCGAAGACGAUCAAGGACAUCUACAUGGCAAUCGUGACCGGUGCUUUUGGCCAAGACCCGCUGCUGUGGGUGGCGCCGAGCCCCAUCCAUAGGAACUUUGGGAUGGAGAACUGGCCGUCAUUGCGCUUUAUUGUGAUGGCGCGUAGUGACCAAGAUCAGUUAGUUGAGGAGGAGCAGAACAAUGUGAUGGACGUGGCGUUGAGGGCGCAAGGGUGGGUGGGGGAGCGGGAGUCAGACACCAUUCCUGAAAGGCAAAUUUGGCGGAGGUCGCUGUCAGGGGCGCAUGAUGAUGUGUGGAAGACUGAUGGGGGGCAAAUUGCAAUGUUGAUUGAGGAGGUUCUUGACAGGUUGUUGGAGAAUGUAGAUAGGGGGGAAGUGUAUGGGGAGGAGGUAGGUGUAUAGGGAAGAGGUAUAUAGGGAGGAGGUAAAUGGGGAGGUAAAUGGGAAGAUAAAUGAGGAGGUAAAUGGGAAGAUAAAUGGGAAGAUAAAUGGGAAGAUAAAUGGGGAGGUGAAUGGGAAGGUGAAUGGGGAGGCUGGACAGACUUGAGGUGGAGUUGAUGAGUGCUUGAAGUAUGCGAAUAGAGAUACUUCCAGUCUUUGAGGUAUUCUUGGUCCAGUAUUACUUCACAAUACUAGGACACACGUCUGUGUAUUAUUGGGC